CUGCGAUGUACAGGCAGGGUCCUUCCGGCAGGGUCUCCGAAGCUGAGGAGUUCGGCCGAAACCUUCGUUGACUACCGCCGAGUCCGAUGUAUCGCUGGAAAUGGAGGAAAUGGGAUGGUUUCCUUCUUCAGAGGUUAUCGUAAGCCGUUUGGUGGACCCGACGGUGGUGAUGGUGGUAAUGGAGGACAUGUGCUCUUUAGAGCAUGUUCACACAUAAAAGAUCUGUCACAUCUUCGAUCUGUCGAAAAAGCAGACAGAGGUGAAUUCGGAUCUUCAAAGUCUUGUCACGGAAAGUCAGCUGAACAUCUUGAGAUUCCUGUACCCAUUGGCACGCUUUUCAAGAACGAUGGAAAGAUUGUUUUCGAACUACCACGGGAAGGAGAUAUUUUCUUGGGCGCUCGUGGAGGUGCAGGAGGUCAUGGAAAUCAGUUUUAUGUAUCAAAUGAAGUACGAAAGCCGUUUAAAUUUGAAGUUGGAGGCAAAGGAGAAGAGAUUGUCUACGAUGUCGAAAUGAGAGUCAUCGCUACAGCAGGUCUCGUGGGAUUCCCGAACGCAGGAAAAUCCUCUCUUCUACGUGCAGUAUCACGGGCAAAGCCGAAAGUAGCGUCGUAUCCGUUUACAACGCUAAAACCACACAUUGGAAUUGUUCACUAUGAUGAUUUUGAACAAGUUGCUGUGACUGAUAUCCCUGGACUUAUUGAAGGUGCUCACGAAGAUCGGGGUCUUGGCGUUUCGUUCCUGAAGCAUAUCGAGAGAUGCCGAUGUUUAUUCUAUAUUCUGGAUGUCACACUAGGUGAUUUUCGGGAGCAGUUCGAAUUAUUGCGGACAGAAUUAGAGGAAUAUAAAGAAGGACUGUCUGUUCGACCAACUGCAAUCGUGUUCAAUAAGAUCGACCUUGAUGAAAAGCAGGAUAAUGGUAUCAACAGAGGUCUAUUUCCAGAGUAUCGAACGUUUUUCGUAUCUGCUAAAAGGCGUAUUGGACUUGAAGAUUUGCUUAUUUAUUUAAGAGAAGAACAUGACAGGACAACGCAGUUAUAA